AUGAGCGCACAAUUCAGCUUCCUUCAGGCUAAUAUCAACCAUUGCGCCGGGGCUCAGGACCUACUACUGCAGUCCAUGGCGGAGUGGGGGAUCGAUCUGGCGGUGGCCUGCGAGCCCUAUUAUGUCCCGCCCCUACCUCAUUGGGUAGGGGACUCGGAUGGUACCGUGGCGGUCCUCGCGAAAAGCGGAACGGGUCCCUCUAUCUCACUCGUUGAAAGGGGCUCGGGUUACGUAGUGGUGGGGUGGGGGGAGUACGUGGUCGUUGGAACGUACUUCUCCCCGAACCGCAGCCUGGCUGAGUUCGAGAUCUAUCUCGGCUUCGUCAGAUCUGCGGUGGCCAGGCAGUCGCCUAAACCGACAGUGGUUCUUGGUGACCUAAACGCAAAGUCGCGUGCCUGGGGCAACCCUGCCACAAAUCCGCGAGGAAGGGCCGUCCAGUGGUAUAAAGCUAUAGGUUCCAAGGUGCUAGGUUCAAAUCCCGAAGCGGACCAACAAAAAGUAGAUUUGUUAAUUCCCGUAUCUCAAAAAGCAGUUAAUCCUGCACCUGAACUGUAA